UUAAGGAUUCCACUUAGCCAAAUAAUAUUUAUGAAGGCCACCAGCUUACUGGAUGUCUCGUCGGUAUGAUCACGCAUGUUUUACUAUCAUAUAUUAACACGGCGUCUGCAAAGAUUAUGACGUUUUAUCUUGAUUUCUUUUGGAAACUAGAGAGCCUGUCGUAACGAAGAAAAUAACUUAAGGAUAGUACAACGGAUACUUAUACUUAAAGGUGUCGAAAAAGAGUAGCAGUUUUCAUAACGGUAUUACAGCAUGUAUCACUGUCAUGGGGCAGUGGGUCAAAGUUCAUUAUCGUUAAGGAUUCCUUCGAAUCUUUUAUACUGUUGAACCCAUCGUUAUCUCUGAGCAACACUGGGGUCGAUAAGGGUUCCAAUAAUUGACAGUAGUCACGCUGUCCCAUCAGUACUCUCCCGACUUUCAUUAAGUGCAGCUGGCCUGCUGUACAAGUCCAGCGCGCAGUGAGUGUAGUCAGCAGUAUAUUAUACAUUAUACUUUGAACUUUGACACGCGUUUGGCAGCAUUGUGAAAUUCUUUUAAGCGGUUUGACUAUAUUACGAAAGGCACGGGGUGUCGUCUUUCAGUCGGUUACAGAUACUGUGACAGUGAGCAUGGAGGCGCUCGGUCAAGGUUGGUUCAGCGAGAUUAACGAUCUCUGGCCUGGUAUCUCGCUGUCGCUCCAGGUCACGAAAAUUCUCCACCAGGAAAAGUCGGCCUAUCAGGAUAUCCUCGUGCUGGAGACUAAGUCCCACGGAAGAGUCCUCGUUCUGGACGGUAUAAUCCAGUGUACGGAGAAAGACGAGUUUUCCUACCAGGAGAUGAUCGCCUUCUUACCACUUUGCAGUCAUCCUGAUCCUAAAAACGUCCUGAUUGUUGGCGGUGGAGACGGUGGCGUGGCACGCGAAGUUGUCAAGCAUCCGGGGGUCCAGACAAUCACUCAGGUCGAAAUAGACGCCAGCGUCCUCGCCGUGUCCAAGAGAUACUUAUCUUUCAUGAGCGUAGGUCUAGAGCAUCCUAAAGUCACACUCAAAGUGGAUGACGGAUUUGAAUUCAUGAAGCAACACACUGGACAAUUCGACAUUAUCAUAACAGACAGUAGCGACCCAGUGGGACCUGCAGAGUGUCUCUUCCAUGAGUCGUAUUUCAGUUUAAUGAAAACAGCCCUUAAGCCAGGCGGCAUAGUUUGCAGUCAGGCCGGUACAGUCUGGGCGAAUUUGGAUCACGUGGCUCAAACGUUACGUCACUGCCGGUCAACCUUUCCAGUAGCAUCUUACGGCGUCGCAACGGUGCCUACCUAUCCCACUGGACAAAUUGGUUUUGUUCUUGGAAGUCUCAAUAAGGAAACGAACUUCAAGGAACCGGUAAAGGUAUUCCAAGAGAGUGAAUUGGACCUUAUGAACAUGAAAUAUUACAAUGAUCAAGUUCACAGAGCAUCCUUCGUCCUGCCAAGGUUUGCAGAGAAAGCCAUGAAUGCUUCCCGAAAUCACUAGAUCAGUACCAUGCAAGGGGAGAAUCACGUAACCAUAACAAAUGAAUCACAUAUUCCUGGAAUUAUACUGUUAGACAUUUUUUAUUUAAUGUAUAUCAAUGAUAGAGUAUAUCUUUAAUAUAAUAAUAAUAAUAAUAAUAAAAGCAAUAAAAUAUAAUAAUUCAAUAAUCAUUUUUAACACUCCGCAACGAUAGACUUGUAAGGCUUAUUUGGCUCCUUAAAAAUAACGAUUAAAAGUAUCGCCCACUUUUUUUUGUC